AAACAAUUGAAACCAUUUCAACUGCCAUUCAUCUGAACCUACGCAAUAUCACCCGAAGAACCUGUUCAAUUGACAUACUGACAAGAAACAAUGGGCAGCAUCGAGCCAUCGAAAGGCUUGGAGCCUAUAGCGGUUAUUGGGAUGUCAUGUCGACUGCCGGGUGGAAACGAUACGCCAACAGCCUUGUGGAAGUUUCUCCAAGAUGGCCGGGUCGCCAGCAACAAGAUCCCAAUGUCUCGCUUUGAUGCCGAAAACCAUUUUCAAGGCUCUGGGCGCCGACAGCCUAUGAAAAGCCCCGGGGCUAUGUGUCUGGAUGCAGAGGAAAUCCAUGAGUUUGAUGCUGGCUUCUUCGGAAUCUCUCGCGCGGAAGCUAUUUCAAUGGACCCUCAACAACGACAUCUACUUGAGAUUGUCUACGAGAGCCUGGAAAAUGCCGGAAUCCCGAUUGAUGCAGCAAGUGGUUCCUGCACUGGUUGCUUUGUGGCAUCCUUUACGGUGGAUUAUGAGGACAUGCAGAAGCGAGAGCCUGAGCAUCGGCCGCCUAGUGUGAUCACAGGCAUUGGGCGCGCUAUCCUAAGUAAUCGAAUCAGCCACUGUUUCAACUUAAAGGGCCCAAGUAUGAGUAUUGACACUGGAUGCUCGGGGAGCUUGGUCGCUGUCGAUGCUGCCUGUCGCUACAUCAGCUCCGGAGACAUAAAUAUGGCCAUCGUUGCAGCUGCAAAUUUGUUUUUGAGUCCCGAGCAUCUUAUGAACGAGGGAUCCAUGGGCUUCAUACACUCCCCAACUGGACUUUGUCACACGUUCGAUGAAAAAGCAGAUGGGUAUGUCAAAGCAGAAGGCAUUAACUGUAUUAUUUUGAAACGGCUUGGGGAUGCCCUGCGUGAUUGCGACCCCAUUCGAGCUGUGAUCCGCGGUUGGUCGACAAACAGUGAUGGCAAUACCCUGGGUAUCUCUACCCCAGACGCGAAAUCACAAGCAGCCUGCAUCAAAUCGGCAUACAAGUGCGCUGGGAUUGAAAACCUUGGUGCAACAAGCUAUAUUGAAUGCCACGGAACGGGCACACCAGCCGGAGAUGCAACAGAGCUGAACGGCCUCUCUUUAGCCUUCAAGGGUGUUCUGCAAGGCAAUGCUCCUCUCCAAAUCGGCUCGAUAAAAAGUAACAUUGGACAUUCGGAGCCAGCCGCUGGACUGUCUGGGCUGAUUAAGGCCAUCCUGUGCCUCGAAAAUGGCACAAUACCGGGCAAUCCUACCUUGUUAACACCUCAUCCCGAUCUGGAUUUCGAAAAGCUGAGAAUGCUGCCUUCCCGCAUGGCAAGACCGUGGCCUUCUGUCCCUGUUCGCCGCGCUGGAGUCAAUUCCUUUGGUUAUGGCGGAUCAAAUUCCCACGUUAUUGUCGACGAAGCCACUCCGCAUUUGAACCGUUUUACAGGAACAUCUCAUGUCUCAUCGUACUCAUCCAUCAUUGAUAUCUUUGCCGAUGAUGAUACAGGCCCCAUAACUCGACCUUACAUUAUACCCCUUUCCGGCUUUAAUCAAAGUUCCCUUGAGGGAAAUUGUCAAAGAUUAGUUCGUCAUUUGGCCCACAUGGAAGUGCAGAUUAAGGUUGAAGACUUGGCUUAUACUCUGGCUGCUCGGAGGACACAUUUCCCAUUCCGGGCCUACGCAGUGAUGUCAAAUCCCAAGUUAAAUAUGGAGUCAUUUGCUCUAGGCAAGAUGAGCCUGCAGUCCCCGAAAAUUGCAUUUGUCUUUACGGGACAGGGUGCUCAGUGGCCUGGCAAACUAGGAAGUGAUCUUAUUCGCAUGUUCCCACUUGCAGAGAAAAUCCUGAGGCAGUUGGACCUCGUGCUUCAGAGCUUUGAAAAUCCCCCCAGUUGGUCCCUUUUUGAGAAGUUCAUCGAGCCCCAGGAUCAAAAAAUGCCUGACGUACCUGCUUUAUCCCAGCCUCUUCUUACAGCAAUCCAGAUCAUUUUGGUGUGCCUGCUGGAGAGCUGGGGUGUCAGUCCCAAAAGCGUCAUUGGACAUUCGGCUGGUGAAGUCGCAUCUGCUUAUGCUGCUGGGUUCCUCACCCAAGAAGAAGCAAUCAAAUUGGCAUUCUACCGCGGCUAUUCAACGCAAACCUGUCAGAAUAAUGCUAAUGACCAAUACGGAAUGCUAGCUGUGGGUCUUGGUCCAAAUGAUGUGCAGGAAUAUUUGAAAGACUCUGAAAACCAGGUCCAGAUAGCCUGUUUUAACAGUCCCAGUAGCAUCACAUUGUCAGGUACAAUGGACGCUUUGGUCGAUUUGAAGCAGAAAUUGGAGGAUGACAAACGAUUUUGUCGGUUACUGAACAUAAACAAGGCCUACCACUCACGGUUCAUUCAACCAACUGCGGAAAUGUUUGCGAACUUCGUCCAACGUGAUUCACCCGCUGCGAGGACUGGAAACCACGAUGUCAAGAUGUUCUCAACAGUCUCUGGCCACAGACUGGACACUAUUUUCCACGAUACUCAUUGGAAGAACAAUAUGAUGCUCCCAGUCCAGUUCACACAAUCCUGCAGUGAUAUGCUCUUAGAUGGUGAUGCUCCUACUGUGUUGAUAGAGCUUGGACCCUCCAACGCAUUGAAAGGCCCGGUUGCUCAAAUACAGACCGAUAUUUUUGGGGAUAAGCAUUGUGCUCAGUAUUUUCCGGCAUUCGUGAAAAGCGACAAUCCCGUGGAAGGUAUUUUUGAUCUUGCGGGAUCUCUGUAUCUCACUGGUGCCCCCAUUGCUCUUGACAAGUUUAACGGGAGCACAACCACAAAACCUCGUCAUAUUGUGGACCUUCCGAACUAUUCUUGGGAUUAUUCCACCAAAUACUGGCACGAAAAUCAGUCGAGCAAAGACUGGAGGAUGCGACUGUUCCCACAUCAUGAGCUGUUAGGGACCAAAAUCCUCGGUAGUUCCUGGGAUCGUCCUUCAUGGAAGAGAACCUUCCGUCUCCGUGAUGUCGGUUGGAUGACAGAUCACCAGCUCGCAGGAACUGUUCUCUUCCCGGGAGCUGGUUACGUUGCUAUGGCUGUGGAAGCUAUCCGGCAGAUGAUGACUGCAUUGGGUACUUACAAGCUAAAUGGUGAGGACUAUGAGGCGCGGGUUAAGCUACGAAAUAUUUCGUUCAAGAAGGCACUGCCAAUGAUUGAAACACAGGAGUUGCAACAUCUUCUCACACUGCAGCCACGGAAUGGUGAUGGUUGGUAUGAGUUCCAGAUUUCUUCUUUCCAAGAGUCUUCCUGGAUAGAGCAUUGCUCUGGGCAAAUAACCCGAUGUCACGCUCUCGCUGAAUUUUCCUCCGAAAGCAACAUGAGACCCCUUGAACAUAUUAUCUCGCAGAGUCGUUGCUACGAAAGCUUCGCAGACACUGGAUACCAUUAUGGUCCCACCUUCCAGAAGAUAGAAGCCGUGGAGCUCCUGGGAUGCUCCCUGGAGGCCCGGUCUCUGGUAUCGCUGGAUGGACCCAAGGACGCAUCACAUUCCUCAUACCUUAUUCAUCCGUGUGCUCUUGAUGGUUGCCUUCAGACCAUCAUUGCCGCAUCAUGGGAGGGUGAUAUCACCAGCCUGACACAGCCUGCAGUGAUCCUCUCAAUCGACUCACUUGAGAUCACUGAGGGCGCGUUCAAUCAGGGUGGGGAGGCACUUUGUCUUUCAACCAAACAAUACAGUGGUAGAGGGCGCCCAGAUCUCCUAAAAAGCUACACUGGGUCUGUCUUGGCGUACCACAAAGACGACAACCGACUUGCACUUCGUGUUGAAGGAGUGCGGCAGGCUGCUAUACUCGGUAAAGACCAGAGAACAAAUUCAAAAUACCACAAGAUCUCUUGGAAACCAGACAUCGCUUUGACAAAUAAAGAUUUGACCUUGAGCUCACCAACAGCAGCGGGAAAUAUUCAGGAAUUGAUCGAUAUGGUUAUACACAAGUGCUCACCCUCCAAAAUAGCCGAGGUCCAUUUUGGCCAAUCUGAGGAGCCUAGUGUCUGGCUGAGUGACAACCUGGUAUCUCCACGGGAGGACUAUAAAUCAUGCUCAAUCUUUUCUUCCGAUGUUUCUCAACUUGAAGGAGCGAGAGAAUCACUAGGCACUAGACAGGGCGUUCAAAUGGCUGUGUUCGAUGUCGACGCUCCAGAGUUUGAUAUCGCCGAGGAACUUGAUUUUAUCUUUGUUGGUGUCAACGAGCCAACUAAACGAGACAGAGUUCAACUGGCAUUGGAUAAACUCAGCUCUCACCUCUCAGGCAAGGGGUAUCUAUUACUGAUUGAGCAUGAGCAGGUUUCAAAAGAUUCCCCUGUUUCAUUUGAGGAAAUGAAAGUGAGUGAUGGCUCUGAGAGUGGUAUCAUAAACGAAACGAUGUGUCGAGAGCUGAGCAACUCUGGAUUCAAAUUUCAUGAAAUUUGGAACCCCGACAACGCAAAAUUUCGAGCAGUGAUUUAUGCUGCAAAUCAUCAAAGCAAUGGCAUUCAAAUUGCGAAACAUAUGCACAUUGCCCAUUUCUCCUCGUCUGCAUUGAUCCCGGAGAAGCUCAGAGGGUUACUUGAAGAGGCCGGUUAUACUGUGGUGGAGCAUCAGCUUCCUUUCGACAAAAUUCCUCAAGGUCACCAGAUACUCGUCCUGGACGAGCUUCAGCUGCCUGUUCUGAGAAACCCCUCACAUGAGCAGUGGGAGGGCUUGAAGUCUUUGACAAAAUCGGACAGCAAGCUUUUGUGGGUUACACAAGAAGCACAGCACAAAGUCCGUCAGCCUGACAUUGCACUAGUGCAUGGAUUAUUCAGAACGAUUAGGGCUGAGAAUCCACAAUGCACGUUGACAACGUUGGAUUUGGAGUCAUCUGCAAUGAAAUCUCUACUUACCAUUGUCCCCAUACUCCAUUAUCUGGAUAGGCCAUCGUCCACCUCACAACUCGAGAGUGAGUUCGUUGAGCGUGGAGGAGUAAUCCACAUCAGCCGAAUUAUCCCGCACGAGACAGAAUUUCAGCGCCACCAAGAGGAUAGCAAAUCGCUGCGAUGCUUUGGUGACACUGAGCGAGGUUUUGGCCUUCAGUGUGGCAGUCUAGGUGCUCUUGAGUCUCUCGAGUUUGUUGAAAGAGCUUCUCCAAAUAUGGCCAUCAAAGACGGGCAUGUGGAAGUAGAUAUGAUGGCUGUCGGGAUGAACUUCAAGGACGUUGCGAUAGUUAUGGGUGUUGUUGAUGAGAAUGAACAUACCCUCGGGUCUGAAGGAGCAGGAGUUGUCACGCGUGUGGGCGCAGAUGUUCAAGAUUUCCAUAUUGGGGAUCGUGUCAUGUUGAUUCACAGCGGCUGCCUGGGUAAUCGAAUCCAGGUACCCCAAGGAAGAGUCCAACGCAUACCAAACAGUAUUUCUUUCGAGGACGCGGCCACUAUGCCAGUCUGUUUUUCCACGGCUAUUUACAGCAUGCUUACUGUUGGUAACCUUCGCUCAGGUCAAACCGUCCUGAUCCAUUCCGCAGCAGGGGGCCUCGGUCUGUCUUGCAUACAAAUUGCGCGAUAUAUUGGCGCAGAGGUAACACACCAGUUUCUGCUGUGUUAG